AUGUGGUGAAUGCCACCUCCCCUAAGCAUACCCCUAAAGGCCUAGUUCCAUUUAUACCCCAGCGCUGGUAGCAAGCUAGCCAGAGAAAUACACAGCAAGAUGAAGCUCCUAACACUGGAUAUGGGUGCAGAUAUACCCAACACUCGCUUGGAAGAUCGACUGGAUGCUCUGGGAGCAAUUAUCAAAGACAAACGUCCAGAAUUCUUUGCUCUACAGAAUGUAAAUAACGAGACCAUCAAGAAGGUCUGUGGAACUACCUGGGGGGCUAGAUAUAAGGUCAUACAUCCCCCAUACAAGUUUGAGACCAGAAAGCAGCCGACAGUGGCCCUGUUCUCCACCUACCCACCUCAAGAUUCAGCCACUGUGGCCUUCCACGAGAACGUUACUCACAAGGUCAUGGAGAAAGGUUACUAUGUGAUGUACGACAAGCAGAAGCAAGCCCACGUCAUCAAUAUCAGUACUACCUUCCUGGAGCAACCUCUCAAAGACUCAGAAUUAAGGGAGCGACAAUUGAACGAAGUGUUCCUCUCUCUUAUUGACGAUGAGGAUGCGUUUGUGAUUGGAGAUUUCUGUCUAGAUGGGGACAUUGAUGGUGACCUCACAUUGCGAGGAGGCUGGAGGGACGCCUGGCUAUGUAUGCCCGGGAAUACUUCAGAAAAUGGAAACACUUACGACCCGGAAAAGAACCUACUAGUGAAAGAAGACCCUUUUGGGGCUGGCCGCCCAGAUCGAAUAUUCUUCAAGACAAGACGAUACAAGUUAGACUCUGUUGAAGUGGUGGGCACGAGCUCCUUCCAACCCAAGACAGGUUCUGCCAUUCAUGCCAGCAAGCACUUCGGUGUCCUGGCUCAGUUCAGUCCUUUGGACACUCUGCUACCCAGUACUAAACCAGAGAUGGUAGCCUGCGCCUUCAACCGACCUCAACUGGACUUUGCAUCAAGCAAAUAAAGGACAUUCACAGAACGUUAUAGCUGAUUGUAAAAUGUACGUAUGUGAUGUAAAAGUUUUGUAGGUGUAUGCCAUGUUAUUUUUGUAUGAAUGCCAAUCUUAUAUUUUAGUAUGCCCCAUGCAAUAUAAUUAUCUCAAAUUGUCUCUACCACUUUA